AUGCUUUCAUUAGAAAUAAUAAAUAAAAUUCUCUAUCUUGUGCUUUCAAAGACAAACAUUUACUAUGCCUUAUUCGUAACGUUUAUUUAUUUUGUAAUAAAACCAUAUAUUUCAUAUUUUAAAAACCGUAAAGAAUUAGCACCGGGACCAUUGCCAUUACCACUUAUUGGGUAUUGGAAUAUAUAUUUGUUCGGAGAUGUAGCACAAAAUCAAUAUAACCUUUCAGAAAAAUAUGGAGACAUUUGCGAUAUAGAAUUUUUUGGACAACGUUGCGUUUUAAUAAGUUCACCACAUUUACUCAAAGAAUUAUUCAGUUCAAGUGUACAUUCACAAUUUCUUAAUCGGUUGCCUUUAACUUCAGGAUUUACCGAGUUAGGGAUGGAUAAGGAAGGAUUAUUAUUUAAUACCGAUAUACCAAAAUGGAGGCAUAAUCGAAAAUUUUUUCAACAAUCUUUGUCUCCACCAUCAUUUAUGGCAUUAAGUACAAAAUAUACCGCAGAAUGUUGUAAUGAAGUAAUUGAUUAUUGGAGUAACUUUGAAGAAAAUCAAGUUGUUAGAUUGGAUGAAUGGCUUAAAGCAUUUACAAGUGACAUGAUGGGAUUAGUUGCUGCUGGCAGCAAAGAAUCUUCGAUGGAAAUUCAAUUUAUGAAAUCAACCAACCAAAUCAUCAAAGAAACGAGUCUUGAAGAAGAAAAAGAUCGUGGUGAACUUUAUAGAAGAUUAAGAUGUGAAUAUAAUGACGCAUUAGCAUUUUACACUUUUGUCCCGAAACUUCUUUGGAAACUUCCCUUUAUAAGGAGCGUUGUUAAACGUCAUAAUUAUAUUUUAAAUUAUUUAACUGAAUUCGAAAUUCAAUUUAUUAAAGAACGUAAACAAAAAAUUGAAAAUGAAAAGGAAGCCAAGGUUAAUAGUAAUGAUAAUAGAGUUAGACCGGAUUUUCUUACAAUGUUAAUCACAGAAAAUGAUGAGCCCUCUCCCGAAGAUAUUAAACAAAGUAUUCGAGAAAUGUUUGCUGCGGGAACUGGUACCACGAGUUCAACUUUUUGUUCAAUCGUAUACUUGUUGACGAAGCAUCCCGAAGUUGAAAAACGAAUGGUAGAAGAAAUCUUGAGCGUAAUUGGACCGGAUAAUCAAAUUAGUUCAUCAGAUUUAUCAAAAUUACCCUAUACUGAAGCGAUAAUAAACGAAACGAUGCGAAUCUAUCCCGUAAUUCCCAUAACUCAUCGUUAUUCACCAGAAAAAGAUGCUCAAAUUGGAGGUUAUCACUUCAAAAAGGGCACUAUAUUUGGUAUCAAUUUAGGUCAUAUUCAUUUCAAUCCAAAAUAUUUUGAAAAUCCAAGGCAAUUUAAUCCUGAAAGAUUUCUUGGUAAUUGGAAAGAAAGAUAUCCUAAAUUUGCUUUUUCUCCGUUUGGUCAUGGUAUGAGAAGUUGUCCCGGUAAAAAUUUUGCUAUGGUCGCAAUCAAAGUCAUUGUGGCUACUCUAUAUAGAAAAUAUACCUUUAAAUUAGUUAAACCAAACGAACCACUUAAUUUCAAAUUCACUUUAGUUAACGAAAUAGGCAAAUUGGAGGUUUACGUUGAAAAGAGAAAGUUGGAGGGGAUUUCUUAG